AUGGAAACUAUAUCAGUUUUAGGACGAAAACUUGGGUUUCAUCUUUCUCUGCCUUGUCGAAGCAGUUCAUUUCCAGAUAAACGUACAAAGCAUGUUCAUUUCAAGGCCAUUACGUGUGAUGGCCAAUUAAGUAAUCGCAAGUUCAGGAAGUUGCCACCUUCUGAAUGGACUCAUCACUUUCACUCUGUUUCCCUCGAUGUCUCUGAAAUGGAUGCGCUCAAAAGAGAGAUUGAUAUACUAAAGCCGAAAGUGAAGAACAUGUUCAUGUCUUCCCAAGGCACUGACAGAAUCCUUAUGAUAUAUUUGUUGGACAUACGGUCACUACAUAUCUUCCGAUUCAAAGAGAGCAACGGAAACUUUAAAGAAACUCUUAAAGGGGAUGCCAAGGGUAUCUUGAGCUUAUAUGAAGCUGCGCACUUGCGGACUACGAAAGAUUAUAUACUGGAGGAAGCAUUGACCUUCACAUCGAGCCAUUUGAAGUCACUAGUUGCAGUGCAUAUACAAAAUGCUCUUUUUCUAUCUCAGCGCUGGAACAUGGAGAUGUUAGUCGCUGUGAAAUAUAUCCCAUUCUACGACCAAGAAGAUGAUCAUGACGAGAUGCUACUCAAGUUUGCUAAGAUAAGUUUCAGGUCACUGCAGCUCCAGUACCUUCAAGAACUCAAAAUCCUUACAAACUGGUACAAAGACGUAGACAUUGCAUCAAAGUUACCGCCUUACUUCAGAGACAGACUCGUCGAAAGUCAUUUCCUGAUACAAGCAGUUUUCAUCGAGCCACAAGUCUCACGUGCAAGGAUUAUGUUGACUCAGUAUUACACCAUUUUAGGGAUUAUAGAUGACACAUUCGACAGAUAUGCCUCUCUUCCCGAGGCUGAAAUCCUCGCCAAUAGCGUCAAAAGGUGGUCUCCCAAUCAUGCCAUGGAUAAACAACCUCAAUAUUUGAAAGACGUCAAGGCAUUUGUGAAAGCCAACUUUGAACAUGCAAAAUGGGCACAAGCCACUCACCUGCCUAGCUUUGAGGAGUACAUGGAGGUUGCUGAGGUGGAGAUCACACCGUAUGUAGCUUUGGCUGGUUGUUUCAUGUGUCUCGGAAAGAUGACUACCAAGGAAGCUUACAAGUGGCUUAAGUCGAGACCAAGACUGGUCAAAUCUGUAUGUGUUAGAGGUCGUCUUAUGAAUGAUAUAACCGGUUUAGAGGAUGACAUGAGUAGAGGACAGAUCACGAAUGCGGUAAACUGUUAUAUGAAGCAAUAUGGAGUUACCAAACAAGAUGCUUUAAGAGAGCUUCAUCAAAUGGUUGUAGAUACUGAUAACAUAAUAAAUGAGGAGCUCUUGACAACAACUGAUGUGUCACGUUUGGUUCUCAAGACAAUAAUGGGUCUUGCACAAUCGAUCAGCGUCUUGUACAAUGGAUAUGAAGGAUUCACUUUUCCCGAAGGAAAAAUCAAGGAGUACAUGACUUGUGUGUUUGUCAAUUAG